AUGUUUGAAAUUAAGAAGAUCUGCUGCAUCGGGGCGGGCUAUGUCGGGGGACCCACGUGCAGUAUCAUUGCUCAUAUGUGCCCAGAUAUCAGGGUCACAGUCGUUGACGUCAAUGAAUCGAGAAUCAAUGCAUGGAACUCACCGACACUUCCUAUUUAUGAGCCAGGACUAAAAGAAGUGGUAGAAUCCUGUCGAGGCAAAAACCUCUUCUUUUCCACGGAUAUUGAUGAAGCCAUUAAUGAAGCUGAUCUUGUAUUUAUAUCUGUGAAUACUCCAACAAAAACCUAUGGAAUGGGAAAGGGCCGGGCUGCAGACCUGAAGUACAUCGAAGCUUGUGCUAGACGCAUUGCGCAAAACUCAAAUGGGUACAAAAUUGUGACUGAGAAAAGCACAGUGCCUGUGAGGGCAGCAGAAAGUAUUCGCCGCAUAUUCGAUGCAAACACAAAACCCAACUUAAAUUUACAGGUGCUGUCCAACCCUGAGUUCUUGGCAGAGGGGACAGCCAUUAAAGACUUGAAGAACCCUGACAGAGUGCUGAUUGGAGGCGAUGAGACUCCGGAGGGCCAGAGCGCUGUGCAGGCACUGUGUGCCGUCUAUGAGCGCUGGGUUCCCAGAGAAAAGAUCUUCACCACUAACACAUGGUCUUCAGAGCUUUCCAAACUGUCUUCCAACAUUUUUUUAUUAAAAAUCCUAACUAGCACAGGCUCACUGAUUUAGAAUGUUAAAUUUGUAACCUGACUUGUCUGUGUGUGUUUCUUAAAUAAAAAUACUGCCUGUGUUUUUCUUUCUGCAGGUUUUGGUGGAAGUUGCUUUCAAAAAGAUGUUCUGAAUUUGGUGUAUCUCUGCGAGACUCUGAAUUUGCCUGAGGUGGCUCAUUAUUGGCAGCAGGUCAUAGACAUGAACGACUACCAGAGGAGGAGGUUUGCUUCCCACAUCAUAGACAGUCUGUUUAACACAGUGACCGAUAAGAAGAUAGCUAUUUUGGGGUUUGCUUUCAAAAAGGACACUGGCGAUACAAGAGAAUCUUCUAGCAUAUAUAUUAGCAAAUAUUUGAUGGAUGAAGGGGCACACCUCCAUAUAUAUGAUCCAAAAGUACCAAGGGACCAAAUAGUUGUGGAUCUUUCCCAUCCAGGUGUUUCAGAAGAUGACCAAGUGUCUCAACUGGUGACCAUUUCUAAGGAUCCGUAUGAUGCAUGUGAUGGUGCCCAUGCCAUUGUCAUUUGCACCGAAUGGGACAUGUUUAAGGAAUUGGAUUAUGAACGCAUUCAUAAGAAAAUGCUGAAGCCAGCUUUUAUCUUCGAUGGGCGACGUGUCCUUGAUGGCCUCCACAGUGAACUACAAACCAUUGGCUUCCAGAUUGAGACAAUUGGCAAAAAAGUGUGUUCACAGAGAGUCCCUUAUGCUCCUGGUAAAAUUCCCAAGUUGAGUCUUCAGGAUCCACCCAUCAAGAAACCUCGAGUGUAG